AUGAGGCGCUCAUUUCUUUUUCUGGGAGCUAUCGCCGCCAGCGUGCUCGCUGCUCCCGCCCCUUUGGACUAUGUCGUCCAUGAACGCCGUGAUUUCCUUCCUGCUGAAUGGGGUGCGGAGAAGCCCUUGGAUGGGAGUACCAUCCUGCCCAUGCGCAUCGGUCUGAGCCAGUCCAAUCUUGACCGUGGCCAUGACCUUCUCAUGGAAGUGUCCCACCCCGAGUCUGCUCGGUACGGUCAACACCUCUCUGCGGAAGAGGUCCAUGAGCUGUUCGCGCCAUCGCAAAAGAGCGUGGACGAUGUCCGCGCCUGGCUGGAGUCGGCGGGCAUCUCGGCCGAUCGGAUCUCCCAGUCCGUCAACAAACAGUGGUUGCAGUUCGACGCCGAUGCGGCGGAGGUAGAGAAACUCUUCCGCACCAAGUACUAUCUCUACUCGCAUUCGGGCACUGGUCGCUCGCACGUAGCUUGUCGAGAGUACCACGUUCCUGAGUCAAUCCAGCACCACAUCGACUACAUCACGCCCGGUAUCAAAGAGCUGGAAGUCCGUGAUGUGUCUCGCGUGGAUAAGCGCAGUGUCGACAAGGACCUGUUUGGCGUUCUUCCUCCUAUCCUCCGCCCGGUGACCAUGUCUUUGGAUCUUCUCCUGGGAGAUAUGCUGUCGUUCUUCUUUCCCGUGCUGACUUUCCAGCCAUGUACAAUUAUGUGCUACCCGGCUGACCUCUCCUGUCCACACACGCCCGCUAACCAGCGCAGCGAUAUUCCCGACGGCACACACCCUGAACUCCGGGCGAUUGAUGGUGCCAAGGCUCCCACGAAUGUGCUGAGCGCUGGCCCCGAAUCCAACCUGGACUUCCAGAUCUCGUACCCUCUGAUCUGGCCCCAGAACUCGGUCCUCUUCCAGACCGACGACACGGUGUACCAAAACAACUACACCUUUGAGGGGUUCCUGAACAACUUCCUUUACGCGAUCGACGGCUCCUACUGCGGCGAGACCUCGCCGCUGGACCCGUCGUACCCGGACCCGGCCGAGGGCGGCUACAAGGGCCAGCUGCAGUGCGGCGUGUACAAGCCGACCAACGUGAUCUCGAUCUCGUACGGCGGCUGGGAGGCCAGCCUGCCGAUCCAGUACCAGCGGCGCCAGUGCCAGGAGUGGAUGAAGCUCGGUCUGCAGGGCGUCUCGGUGGUGGUGGCCAGCGGCGACUCGGGCGUGGCGGGCCGCAACGGCGCGCCCACCCCGGGCAACUGUCUCGGCACGGACAACAAGGUGUUCGCGCCGGGCUUCCCCGCGACAUGUCCGUACCUCACGACGGCCGGCAGCACGGUGAUCCCGUCGGGCAGCAACGCCGAGGACCACCAGGAGGUCGCGACGAGCAGCUUCGCGUCGGGCGGCGGGUUCAGCAACAUCUACGAGCGCCCGGACUACCAGAAGGAUGCCGUCGAGCAGUACUUCCAGACCGCGGACCCGGGCUACCCGUACUACGAGACGGUCAACAACGCCAGCUUCGCCGCCAACGGCGGCAUCUACAACCGCAUCGGCCGCGGGUACCCCGACGUCGCCGCCAUCGGCGACAACGUGCUCGUCUUCACUAGUGGGACGCCGCAGUUGAUCGGGGGCACGUCGGCGGCGGCACCGGUGUUCGCCGCGCUUUUGACGCGCAUCAACGAGGAGCGGCUGGCGGCGGGCAAGUCGACCGUCGGGUUUGUGAACCCGGUGCUGUACGCGCAUCCGGAGGCCUUCUUCGACGUGACGUCUGGCAAUAACGAGGGCUGCGGGACCAAGGGAUUCUCCGCCGCCAAGGGGUGGGAUCCAGUCACCGGAUUGGGGACCCCGAACUACCCCAAGUUGCUGGAUGUGUUUAUGAGCAUGUAG